AUGUUAGGCUUGCAAAGGCCUCGAUUGAAAGCAAGGCCGUCACUGCUGCAAUUGAUUAGCAGAGAGCCCGAGCGUCCGACCUCUCCACCGCCCGUCAACCGCGAGCUUCCAAAGUCUCCGCUUCCAGACUCACCCACCUCCAUCUCCUCCAACCCCUCUUCCAAAGCUACCACCAUGGCCCCCAAAAACAAGGACCAGGAGCCUCAUGGCCUCAUCUUCUCGGUUUCCGGCCCCGUCGUCGUGGCCGAAAAUAUGAUCGGCUGUGCCAUGUACGAGCUGUGCCGCAUUGGACACGACCUUCUCGUUGGUGAAGUCAUUCGUAUCGAACAGGACAAGGCCACCAUCCAGGUCUACGAAGAGACCGCCGGUUUGACCGUCGGUGACCCCGUCACACGGACGGGAAAGCCCCUUUCUGUCGAGCUUGGCCCCGGUUUGAUGGAGACGAUCUACGAUGGUAUUCAGCGACCGCUCAAGGCCAUUUCCGACAAGUCGAAAGGUAUCUACAUUCCCCGUGGUAUCUCCGUCAAUGCGCUGGACCGCGAGAAGAAGUGGGAGUACAAGCCUGCCGGCUUCAAGGUCGGCGAUCACAUCACCGGUGGUGACAUUUGGGGUACCGUCUUCGAGAACAGCUUGGUGAAUGACCACAAGAUCCUUCUGCCCCCACGUGCCCGUGGUACUAUUACACGGAUAUCCCCCGCCGGUAGCUACACCGUCGAGGAGAAGCUGCUCGAGGUCGAAUUCGAGGGUAAGAAGAGCGAGUUUGGAAUGAUGCAGACUUGGCCGGUCCGUGUACCUCGCCCGGUCAACGACCGUCUCGCUGCCGAUUCGCCCUUCAUUUGCUGGAUUCUCUUCCCCAGUGUUCAGGGUGGAACCGUUUGUAUUCCCGGCGCUUUCGGAUGUGGCAAGACUGUCAUUUCCCAAUCCGUGUCCAAGUUCUCGAACUCCGACAUCAUUGUCUAUGUCGGUUGCGGUGAGCGUGGUAACGAGAUGGCCGAGGUGUUGAUGGACUUCCCCGAGCUUUCCAUUACUGUCGAGGGCCGUAAGGAGCCCAUCAUGAAGCGAACCUGCUUGAUCGCCAACACCUCCAACAUGCCCGUGGCCGCCCGUGAGGCCUCCAUCUACACCGGUAUCACCAUCGCCGAAUAUUUCCGUGACCAGGGCAAGGACGUGGCUAUGAUGGCUGACUCGAGUUCUCGCUGGGCCGAGGCUUUGCGUGAGAUUUCCGGUCGUUUGGGAGAGAUGCCUGCUGACCAGGGUUUCCCCGCCUAUCUGGGUGCCAAGCUGGCCUCCUUCUACGAGCGUGCCGGCCGCAGCAGUGCCCUGGGUAGCCCCGAGCGUAACGGCAGUGUCAGCAUUGUUGGUGCCGUCAGCCCGCCCGGUGGUGAUUUCUCCGAUCCCGUCACUAGCAGUACCCUAGGUAUUGUGCAGGUCUUCUGGGGUCUCGACAAGAAGCUGGCGCAGCGCAAGCACUUCCCGUCGGUCAACACCUCGAUGUCCUACAGCAAGUACACCACCGUUCUGGAUAAGUACUACGAAAAGCACAACCCGGACUUCCCUCGCUUGCGUGACCAGAUCCGUGAAUUGCUGUCUAAGUCGGAGGAUCUCGACCAGGUCGUGCAGUUGGUCGGUAAGGCGGCGCUUGGUGACUCGGACAAGAUUACGCUGGACGUCGCCGCCAUGCUCAAGGAUGACUUCCUACAGCAGAAUGGCUACAGUGACUACGAUCAAUUCUGCCCUCUGUGGAAGACUGAGUACAUGAUGAAGGCAUUCAUGGGCUUCCAUGACGAGGCUCAGAAGGCCGUGGCUCAGGGCCAGCAGUGGAACAAGGUCCGUGACUCCACCUCGGACCUGCAGGCGUCUUUGCGGAGCAUGAAGUUUGAGGUACCCGACAACGAGGAGGAGGUCACUGCCAAGUACGAGCAACUCCUGCAGUCCAUGUCGGAUCGCUUUGCGUCGGUGUCGGAUGAGUAG